AUGAUGGAUCAGUCGGUCGGAUGGGACCAUGAAAAGGAAAAUGUCGGCUACUUUCAUAAGCAUGUAGAGAAGGGUGGGCUAAUUAUGGCUUCUAGAGACAACGACGAGGCAAACAUUGAUCUCGCGGUCUUGUCCGUACCACUGGCUGAAGCGACGUCCACACUGCUAGAACUCUGCUCCUCCAACAACACAAGAAUCGUACAGAUGGAAGGAUACGUAACGGCGAAACGAGGCUUUGGGUCCUCCUUUUGCUUCCUGGAUCUGUCCGAACGGGGGUGGGAACGUAGACCUGUACAAGUCAUGCUGAAGAGACAAAAUUAUAGCCCACCAAUGGGAGCAGAUAGCGAUGGGAAUGCACCUACAUUCGAUGGGAUUUUUAGGUCAAUGCUCCCGGGAACAUACGCUUCCAUCACGGGCGUUGCGUCGCCGACCCGCAACCCUGGGGAAGCUGUUUUAUUGUGUCGCGAAGUAGAUUUGUUGGGCCUCCCGCGCAACCCGCAGCAUAUUCGUGUGAUUCUGGAAUGCACCGCCAAAGGUCUAUUGCCCAUUGCGAGUGUCGCUCGUCUCUAUAACCAAUCGGCCGAGCAACUUCAGCGUGAUCUAGAAUGCAGCGGCGAAGGAUGCUAUGGAAAGCCUUUCGACAGCCUAGCCAAGAUGGUUUUGCGGUCGCUGCCAGCCGAUGAACGGUACCCUGAUUUGGUGAAGUACAAGCAAAGCUUCCGGCUACCCGUUGCACCCGCCGAGACUUACUCUUUGCCAGAAAGCGUUAAAAUGGCGACAAAGGUCUCGGUUUCUGGAAUUAAAGAGAGCGCUCCACCGCUUUCUGUCGAGGCCGUCUUGUCACAAUUUUAUGAAUCAGAGGACAUAGAUUGUUCUGGCUCCACUUUGCAGCUCCCAGCCUGUGUACAUGGAUGGAUCCAGAAUCGUCGACGAUUCGAUCGCAAUGUGACGGUCCUGGAAUUGGUGGAUUCCUUGCGGGAAAGCGACAAUAGCACUACACUGGAGAGCGCGCCUCACUUUUGCCAGCGGCUGAAAUGUGUUUCGCAUCCCCAAAUACUUGCCGUGUCGGACACGAUGGCGCAUUUGCUGGCUCCUUCGGCCCAAGUGCAAAUACAAGGCGUGGUGAUCGGGGAUAAGAAUGAUGGUGCACCGACGCUUUGGAUAACAAACAUCCGGCUGCUCCAAGCAAGCUGGUGGCCUUCGGUGACGCGCUUUCUUUUGGAAUUGGUUUUGGAAAAGCGAUUUAGUGUCCCCGAUGCAGCUUUGGCCUUGCAAGUGUCGGAAUCGGAAGUUGUCGAGGCCACCAACGCGAACGCAUUGGACUUGACAGCCCGUCAGUGGAAGGCUGCCGAGUUUUCGCAAGCGCUAAAGCUCAAGGCGCAAGAAGGAUCCUCCGUGACUUGUUCCACAGAAGAGAUUUUCAUUCUGGAAAAGUAUGAAGCAAAGUGUGCCGAUCAGUUUCCCAUCCAAGAUGUAACGAAUCACGUGUCUGAAUGGUUACACACUCCCGUGAGGGGAGUCGUUGGAGAAGGCAAAAAGAGCCGCAGUUGGUUUGGAUGGGCAAACAAGUAUUGGAGGUUCUACAAACACACCCGAAUUGGAAUAGCACACCAGGUCAGUGAGUUUCGUAUCCUCGAUGUUGGAGGCGGCCAAGGUUGGUUGGCGAACCAUUUGGCCCAAACCGUCCCGGAGGCUCGAAUUCAAGUUAUCGAUAUUGCUUCGGGUGCCGUCCAGAAUGGUGCCAUGCGUUCCCGGCGCCUCGGACUAUCCAACAAUAACCGGGUAUCGUAUACUGUUGGCGAUGCAUCUUCCCCAAAUUUGACGCUCUGGGAGGAUGACUUCGACUUGGUCGUGGCGUUGCACGCCUGCGGAGGCUUGACCGACGUGGCUUUGUCGCAUGCGCGGUCCCGCCAGAUCCCAUUUGUAAUUUGCCCGUGCUGCUACCGUUCGAAUGCACAUUUACAGGUACAAGCGUCGUCAUCGUCAUCGUCGUCCACAAGUUCCGUCAAUAUUUCGAGAUGGCUCGACGUGGCGCCAACGACCGGGGCGGAUGAGUACACCAUCUUGACGCGUUUGGCCGAAACGCAGCACGAUCUGGUGCUGUCCCGCCGGGCGACGCACGUCGUUGGUCGCUUACGCGCCGCCGCGACGGAACGAGAUAUACCCAACAUCCAGGUAUCGCUGUGGACCUUUCCCGUGGCUUUUUCCACCCGCAACCUCUGUUUAGUGGGUAAGUAUAGAUAG